AUGAAUUCAUCCUCCUCCUUUUUUGAGGGACUCGGCUCAGUAGACCCGCAACUGCAGAGUUUCAUCGAGGCAGAAAUUCAGAGGCAGCGGUUCCAGCAACUGGUCCACCAGAUGACUGAACUAUGUUGGGAGAAGUGUAUGGACAAGCCGGGGCCAAGGCUGGACAGUAGGACAGAAUCUUGUUUUGUAAACUGUGUUGAGCGCUUUCUUGACACUAGCCAGUUCAUCUUGAACCGACUGGAGCAUCAGCAGAAAUCCAAACCGGGCUUCUCAGAGAUCCUGUCGGAUUGA